CCCCAGCGCCCGGAGCCGGCCCCGCGGACCCCGAGGACCCCGUCCCGCUGAAAGCACCAUGAAAUCCACUCCUGCUGCUGCCUUCCAGGCCCUUAUGGACGGAGUGACCAGCUGGGAUGUCCCUCAAGACCCCAUCCCCUGUGAACUGCUUCUCACUGGAGAGGCCGCCUUCCCAGUCAUGGUCAAUGACAAGGGCCAGGUGCUCAUUGCGGCCUCCUCCUACGGCCGCGGCCACCUGGUGGUGGUGGGCCACGAGGGCUACCUUCUGGAUGCCGGCCUGGCCCACUUUCUACUCAAUGCAGUGGGCUGGCUCUGCCCUGUACCCAGGGCUCCCGUUUGGGUGCACCCAUGCCUGGGAUCACUGGCAGACAUCCUGCAGGACUCUGGGGUUGAGGCGCAGAUUCAGGAGGAGCCAGGCGAGGCCCUGGGAGUUUACUGCAUCAACGCCUAUAAUGACACCAUGACAGCAAAGCUGAUCCAGUUUGUGAAAGAUGGUGGGGGCUUGCUCAUUGGGGGUCAGGCCUGGUAUUGGGCCAGUAAUCAUGGCAGUAACAAGGUGCUGUCCAGGUUCCCUGGAAAUCAGGUGACCUGUGUGGCUGGAGUGUACUUCACCGACACCUAUGGGGACACAGGCCGGCUCAAGGUCUCUAAGAAGGUGCCCAAAAUCCCACUCCACGUCCGAUGUGGAGAGGAUCUCAGGCAGGACCGGCAGCAGCUCCUGGAAGGGAUCUCCGAGCUGGACAUCCAGACGGGCGGCAUCCCCUCGCAGCUGCUUGUGCACGGGGCCCUGGCCUGCCCCCUGGGCUUGGAUGCCUCACUUGGCUGCUUCCUGGCGGCUGCCCGCUAUGGCCGGGGCCGCGUGGUCCUGGCUGCCCACGAGGGCCUGCUCGGUGCUCCCAAGUUGGGGCCUUUCUUGCUCAAUGCUAUGCGCUGGCUGACAGCUGGCCAGACAGGCAAAGUUGGGGUGAACACCAACCUUCCGAACCUGUGCACCCUGCUAUCGGAACACGGCCUGCCGUGUAGCCUGCAGCCCCAGCUGACCAGGGACUUGCAGGUGUACUGCUGCAAAGCCUACAGUGACCAGGAGGCCCAGCAGCUGCAGGAGUUUGUGGCCGAGGGCGGGGGCUUACUGAUUGGGGGCCAAGCCUGGUGGUGGGCCUCGCAGAACUCCGGCCGCUCGGCCCUGGCCGGCUUCCCUGGGAACAUCAUCCUCAACCGCUUUGGCCUCAGCAUCCUACCUUGGACACUGCACCCAAGCUGCUUCCCCGUGCCCAGCCCCGAGAUGCACAGCUACCACUUCCGCCGGGCACUGUCUCAAUUCCAGGUCACCUUGAGCCAGCAGGGUGGGGAGGUACCAAAGAACUGGUUGGCAAGGCUGCGGGUCGAUGUUGCGGGCUUCCUCCAGAUCCCCGCAAACGGGGUCCCUGCUUACUCAUCUGUCCGCCGACUGCUGAGGAAGAUGCUGGGUCGGUGCGGCCUGCCGGCGGUGAGCAAGGAAAACCCCGUGGCCAGUGACUCCUGUGAGGCUGUCACGCUCUGUCUGGCCACGGAGCUGGCCCGCUCCGGCACUGACUGCUCCGGGCUGGCGCAGGGACUUGGAAGCUGUAGCUGCAACUCCAGUUGGCACCCCUCGGAGCACCCCAUCAUGGUGGAGAUUGAUGGAAACAACCCAGGCCACGGUGAUUCCUGGGUCAGCACUGGACUCUACCUGCUGGAUGGGCAGAAUGCCGAAGUCUCCCUGCCGUCUGAAGCUGCAGCCUCUGCUGGGCUGAAGGUACAGAUUGGCUGCCACACCGAUGACUUGACCAAUGCCAGCAAGCUGUGUCGAGCGCCCGUGGUGACGCACCGGUGCUGUAUGGACAGGACCCAGCUAUCAGUCUCCUGCCUCUGGGGUGGCCUGCUCUAUGUCAUCGUGCCCAAGGACAGUCAGCUGGGCCCUGUGCCUGUCACCAUCAAGAACUCUGUGCCCGCCCCAUACUACAAGCUGGGUAGGACAUCCCUGGGGGAGUGGCGGCGCUGCGUCCAGGCAAGCCCAGCACCCUGGGGGGAGCUGGCCACAGACAACAUCAUCCUGACGGUGCCAGCUGAAAACCUCUGGGGCCUGGAGGACCCGGGGCCUGUCCUGCGCCUCUGGGAUGAGAUGAUGCGGGCGAUCGCCAGGCUGGCCGCCCAGCCCUUCCCUUUCCGCCGUCCGGAGAGGAUUGUUGCUGACGUGCAGAUCUCGGCAGGCUGGAUGCACUCGGGCUACCCCAUCAUGUGCCACCUGCAGUCGGCACAGGAGCUCCUCAGCGAGACGGACAUGAGAAGCAAAGGUCUCUGGGGCCCCAUCCACGAGCUGGGCCACAACCAGCAGCAGCACGGGUGGGAGUUCCCUCCUCACACCACUGAGGCCACCUGCAACCUCUGGUCAGUCUAUGUGCACGAGACGGUCCUGGGCAUCCCCAGGGCUCAGGCCCACCCAGCUCUGAGCCCCCCAGAACGAGAGAAGAGGAUCAAAACUUACCUGGACAAGGGAGCCCACCUGCGUGACUGGGAGGUUUGGACGGCGCUGGAAACCUACCUCCAGCUCCAGGAAGCCUUUGGGUGGGAGCCGUUCACCGAGCUGUUCGCCGAGUACCAGACGCUCUCCAGCCUGCCCAAGGACAAGGCCGACAAGAUGAACCUGUGGGUGCAGAAGUUCUCCAACAAAGUGCAGAAGAAUCUGGCUCCUUUCUUUGAGUCCUGGGGUUGGCCUGUCCGGAAGGAGGUGGCUGAGAGCCUGGCCUGCCUGCCUGCGUGGCAGGAGAACCCCAUGAGGGCCUACGUCCCCGCAGAGUAGAGGAUGCCCGGCGGGGGGGCAGGUGUGCCCGCUCCAGCCCCGACUCCGUGCUUCUGCCCUUGAACUCUGCAGCCUGAGUCCCACUUCGCAACCUUUCUUCAGGAAGGCCAUUAAGGUCAUAAGUCAAGAGGAACCAGCUUUCUCGGGAAUGUGCCCUCGUGCCUCACUGGCUGCUACUGUCUACACUGUUGCUUUCACCAAGUCUCGCUCCACCUCCUCAGGCUGCUGGUGGAGGGUUUUCAUCUUGGCACCUUGAGGUCUUGCUGGUUCUUGUGGAGACCGAGGAUGACGUGAUAAGCAGAUGUCAGCCCCUCACCCCUGCUGGCCAUGACAGGGCCCCUGAUUUCUCCUGCUGGCUGAUAGCGAGAGGGAUGGAGCCUGGACCCAGCUUUGCUUCUACAGAAAUUCACUCCCCUCCUGUCAUCUUGUGAGCGUGUUCGAGCCUCAGCACGUGCCCACUCAGGGUUUCCCUUGGCUCCGGCCCGUCCCGUGGUGGCCUCUUCAUCUAGUGGAGAGUGGACAUCCUGAAAACUGAACCUGCCUCAGGACUGACCUCUUGGGGGUUAACAGUCAUUGUGAAGUAUCUCACGCACGCCAGCGCCUUUCCUGACAGGGUCCCGGCGGCCGCUGUGGGCACCUUGCCCAUCCUACAGCCUCUUUCCCUCCGCAGGAAGGAUUCCAGUAUGGACUCAAGAAAGACUGUUGUGAACUCAAACUGGAUGUGACAGGGUUUGGCCUUCUUGGCUAGGCCUGUCUUCUUGUGCUUCUGUUUCCACAAGAGGCCGUAGCAACCCCUCUCACAUUCAAAAGCCUGUUUGUUCUUAGCACAAAAAAAGCGAAGUACUUCUCUGGUGACCGUGGCAACAAGGCCUUGCCAGCCGUCAGCAGCAGUCAGAUGGAGGGGUCCCUGGUUGGGGCAGCUUCACCCUGGAGCAAGAUCACUGGGGCAGCUGCCCCAGUGAACCCACAGUCACUUAACACCACCCCCCACCCACAUCCUCAGAACUUUCUCAUACUCUCUUUCCAAGCUGUCCCAACUCUGGCUCCAUGGAAUUCCACUCAGAGGUUCGUCUCCAGGAAUAAGGGCAUGUACACCUGCUCCUUUUUCUCCAGCUUGCAUUGAAGCCCUAUUUUUGUUGAUUUGAAUAUCAGUCGUGAGCCUUGUGGAGACCAGAGUCGCUCCUCAGUAAAGCUGACCUCAGGAACUUCCCCACCCUUUCACAGUAACCCCCGUCCCCUCACCAGCAUCCUUUGCCAGCACUUCUCAUAUGAAAGGGGCUCAGUAGAUGUUCAUUCACUGAGAGAACAGUAAUGACACCUAACACGUAACACACAGUCUCCGUGUCCCAGGCAUGGGUGACGUGUUUUCCUGGAAUUAGCUCAUGGAAUCUUUGCAACAGACCUCUGAGCUAUGUAUUAUUAUUAUCUCCACUUCAUAAGUAAGAUGACAGACAUUUAGAAAAAUUAAAUAACUUCUGUGAAGUCACAAAGCUAAGAGGAAGAGUUAGGGUUGACUGAAGCUGAUAGCAACAAAAUUUUGGGGGUGUUUCUGGUCUGUGACUGUUUGAUAAUUUAAUGCACCUGGAAAGUGGUGCAUUAACAAAGGGAGUUCAAUGAAGUUAUGAUUUACCCCAUGUUUACCAGAGAACAAAGCAGGUGAGUGGGUGAGCAGCACAGACAGAUGGUGAGAAACCAGGAAUUACCCCGGGGUAGAGGGUAGUUACAACACCAGACAUCACCUCAUCUCAGGGGGAGAAAGUCAAGGCCAGCUGGAUGGAAACGUCAGAUGAGUCACUUCCACCUUAGCACUCACAGGAAGGAUUAAACAUCCCACGAGGCCCUAAGAGCUCCAGCUCCAGCUCCUCUCUGCUGCUGAAAUAACACGCUUAGGUGGAGAUCUGGAAACUCAAAUGCAACACAGUUGGCCCCACUGAGAAGAGCAAGCCUGGCAGGGAUGCCCCCAUGACCGAAAACGAGUAGCAGCAGCAAGUAGGUGUGGCCUGCAGGCCAGAGGUGCUUUGGGGGCCCCAGUGCCGGGCACCCAAGGUGGGUGCUGAGCCGCCACCAGAUGCACACAGGUUAGACGUGUGUAACAGCCACACACGGCGCCCAUGAGGACACCCUGCAGUCUGCUCUCAGCCAUGUAGUUUUUACUGAUCGUGAAUGAGCCCUCCUUGAAAGGGGGUGACCCUGGGAAGCAUUCAGGAUUGAAUGAGAAGUAUAUGUGGAGGGGUCAGUGAACUGGGGGAACCCAGGGAUGACGAGGAAGCUGGACAAAUGCUGUGCGUUUCUACUAUUCAAGUGUAAAAAGCUAUACUUGCUCCCCAGGACGUCACUGCAGGUGAAUCAUCCGUCAACUUGUUCUAAUUUAUUUAUGCUUGAACAGAGUCAGUUGCUUGGAAGAAGCAAAGAUGCAGGCUAGCAAGUUUUGAAACCAUAUUUCCAACCCAGGAAGCUGAGCUGAGCCAACAGGUCUAGUCUGCACGUGAUACCAUGGGGUCUCUGCAUCCACCGCCCCCCGCGUUUCUGCGCACCAAGUUCUGUGUUCAGCUGCUGUAUCAUAAAAUGUCCAGAUUCAAGUUGCUAAAGAAGCAACAGGUUGCUUCCUGUUAUUCAAAAUGCAGCAAGGGAUUCAUCCAAGACAUAUCCCUCAAACCGAGACCCUGCCCCUACCUGCCCAAUCUGGUCUGGAGGCUUAAUGUCCUGUGUGAAUUAGAAGUUACCCAUUUCUUCCUUCCUCUAUGUGAAAAAAAAAAAUUUUUCCCUACUGUGUGUUUCUUCCCUGUGAGCGACCUUUCCUACCUGCAGGAAACACUUCCCUUCCAGCCACAAACAGUGUGGUGGUUUCCCCACAGCAAGCAACUCCAUGUAACACCACCUGGAUCUGGCGGGGGUGGGGGGCUACAACCUAACACAGUUCUGACACUACCAGCCUAGAGAGCUUCAGAUCUCACAGCUUAGGGGCUUUGUUCCUCAAUACUGUCACCUACACAGAUACACGAGCAUGCGUGCACGCAUGCACACACACACACACACACACACACCAGGUGCAGCCACACCCAGCUUGUCUACGCUCCUUCUGACCAACUGUCUGUAGAUCAGAGGUUCCAGUGACCCCCUUGGGUUGGUUAAUUGGCUGGAGGGGUUCACAGAA